AGUGCGUAAUAACUUAUGGGUUUUCUAUGUGAGUAGAUAUGACACAGGCUACCUAACUCGGUAAUAAGUUAUUAACUCUAUAAAGUCAGCAGUGAGUUGGGGGUUUUAUAGAUGGUUUUGUGCCUUUAAGGCCGCCUGUUCAUUAGGAGUUGGUUUCAAAUGACGCCAACCUUUUAUUUUUAUCUCAAUGACCUCAUCCUCUAUGGUUGAAGUUCACUAACCAGCGAAUCUUUUUCAUCUCAUAGAUUUUUGUAGUUUUCUUCUCUUUUACUCUUCAUUAAACCGAGUUUACAACAACUUUAACUUGAUAACAGAUGUCGGUGAUGUUAAACGGCGCUUUCUGACAGCGACUUCUCUAACGGCUGAUCAACUCUUCAAUAUGAAUGGAGGAGUGAGGUUCAUGAUGAUGUAAUCGUCAGCCAGACCACGAGAAAAGCUCUCUUUUGUUCCGCUCCUGCAAUGGUGUGAAAGAGACCGCCCUUCCCCCUCCCCCCACACACACACACACACACACACACACACACACACACACACACACACACACACACACACACACACAUGAACACACACACACACACAUGAACACACGUACACACAAACAGAGGCACAAGAAAGAUAGUGGGGGUUUAGGUUUUUAGUCCUUCAGGGCCAGAGAGAGGCUUCUCUCGCUCUCUCACUCUCUCGCUCUCUAUCUCUCUCGCUCUGUCUCUCUGUCUCUGUCUCUCUCUCUCUGUCUCUGUCUCUGUCUCUCUCUCUCUCUCUCGCCUGGGCUGUGCUGCUAAGCUCCAUCAGGAUGACAUCAUACUCAGCCUACACAAUGGGUCUGUUCAUCUCCUGAGGGCUGCGUCGCGCAACUGGACCGCUAGCCACCCACCCGCCUAAGGGUAAGAGGAGGAGGGAGGAAGAGGAGGAGGGGCUGUGAGAAAGGGAUAAAGAAGGGGUCGUCAUGUCGGAAUGUCCCGUGGGAGUGGGAGCCUGCACUGGAGCUGAGACUGGAGGGACUGGUUUUGGGAUUGCAGCCGGAGCUGCAGGGGGGUUUGGGAUUGGACCUGGGGUGGGGAAUGGACCCCGAGCUGGGACUGGAGGGACUGGGAUUGGACCUGGGGUGGGGAAUGGACCCCGAGCUGGGACUGGAGGGACUGGGAUUGGACCUGGGGUGGGGAAUGGACCCCGAGCUGGGACUGGAGGGACUGGGAUUGGACCUGGGGUGGGGAAUGGACCCCGAGCUGGGACUGGAGGGACUGGGAUUGGACCUGGGGUGGGGAAUGGACCCCGAGCUGGGACUGGAGGGACUGGGAUUGGACCUGGGGUGGGGAAUGGACCCCGACCUGGGACUGGAGGGACUGGGAUUGGACCUGGGGUGGGGAAUGGACCCCGAGCUGGGACUGGAGUCAAAGGUUCAGGGCCUGUAUCAGGCCCAGCAUCCGGGACCAGGCAGGGCUCGGUGCGUCCCAUCGGGGCCGAGGGGCUGGUCGCCCUGCUGGAGGGGGGUCUGGACAGCGUGUUGUUGAUUGACAGCCGGCCCUUCGUAGAAUAUAACUCCUCCCACAUCCUGGAGGCGGUCAAUGUGAACUGUUCAAAACUGAUGAAGAGACGGCUGCAACAGGACAAGGUUCAGAUCAACGAACUGCUGCAACACUCUGCUAAGAAGAAGUUGGAGCGAGUGGGCGGUCAGGAGGUGGUGGUGUAUGACCAGAGUUCAUCUGACCCCUUGACUCUUCCCUCGGAGGCCUUCCUUACCGUCCUAUUGGACAAGCUGGAGAGGAGCUUCCCUUCCGUACACCUGCUCUCAGGUGGUUUCUCAGCGUUUUCCCAGCUGUUUCCAGGUCUAUGUGAAGGUAAGGCUCUUCUGGCCACGUCCUGCCUGGUCCCCACCUGCCUCUCUCAGCCCUGCCUGCCCCUCAACACCUCUGGGCCAACACGCAUCCUGCCUCACCUCUACCUGGGCUGUCAGAGAGACGUACUCAACAAGGAAGUGAUGCAGCAGAAUGAGAUAGCGUACGUCCUGAAUGCCAGUAACACAUGUCCCAAACCAGACUACAUCCCUGAGUCUCACUUCCUGCGAGUCCCUGUCAACGACAGCUUCUGCGAGAAGAUCCUCCCCUGGUUGGACAGAUCUGUAGAGUUCAUAGAAAAGGCCAAAGCCUCCAACGCCUGUGUGCUGGUCCACUGUCUGGCUGGCAUCUCCCGCUCGGCAACCAUCGCUAUCGCUUACAUCAUGACGAGGAUGGACAUGUCACUAGACGAAGCUUACAGGUUCGUGAAGGAGAAGAGGCCCACCAUCUCUCCUAACUUCAACUUCCUGGGUCAGCUGCUGGACUUUGAAAAGAAGAUCAAGACUCCUGGAAGGUCGGAGAUCAGAGAAACCACCGGGGUCAAAACCUCUCCUCUCCUCCACCCCCCACUAGAGCACGACCCCCCUAACCCUACUCCCAGCCUCCCAGACCCUGCCCUGGCCCUGCUGGAGCCCCUGACUCUGCCGUGUGUCCUGGCCCCCUGGCCUCCAGAGGAGAGGCUCCUGGCCCAGGCUCUCCAGGGGCUCCAAGGCCUUCAGCUGGACCAGGGGACGGAGGACAGCGCUGCCCGGCUGAAAAGGUCCUUCUCUCUGGACAUCAAGUCGUACAGGGAGCCAGGAGGCUGCAGCAGCGCCCCCAUGAGGCCGUACCCCCACCCUACAUCCCACCCUGGAGCCCAAGACUAUUAUAACCCAUCCGUGAGCUUCAAGGAGCCUGCAGGGAAACCGUAUCAGUUCUCUCCUGUGAAGGAGAUGUCAGAGCAGUCUACACCUGAGCCGAGCCCUGACAAGGAGCAGUACGACGGUCCCGCAGACCCUGCUGAUACGUCUGCAGCUCCCACUGCUGCUCCUGUAGUCUCCACCACUACCAGCACCACUACCACCUCCAACCAGCCCAGCAUGAAGCAGCCCAGCCAGGCUAAGCCUCCUCCACCUCCCCUCUCCUGUUCCCAGCAGCUCCACCGUAGUGGCAGUAUGGAGGAGAACUCUAACCACACCCCUCACACCACCGGCUUCCUGUUCGGCCUAUCGCGUUCCCAGCAGCACCUGUCCAAGCCCGCCCCUAACCUAGGCUCCGCCCUGAAGGGCUGGCACUCUGACAUCCUAUUGGGUCCCGUCACUGUGUCGUCGGGGGGAUGGUACCUCUCCGAGUCACACCACUUCUACUCCACCUCCGCCAUCUUAGGAGGCGGGGCUAACAUUCUGGGGGGUGGCAGCGUGGCGGCGUACAGCGUGAGUCAGGGGUUGGAGGAGGUGCGGCGGCGCGGGCGGCAGCGGAGCGGCGACCACGGGGACUCACGGAGGAGCUGGCACGAGGAGAGCACCUUGGAGAAGCAGCUGAAGAGACGGAGCUGUCAGAUGGAACUCGGAGACAGGAUGAGAGGAGGAGGCGAGACUAGAUCCAGGGAGGAGAUGGGGAGUCACAGCAGCUUCUCAGGAAGCAUGGAGGUCAUAGAGGUGUCCUGAGAGGGACAUUCAAUAUGGCCUCCAGUCCACCCCUUACGGAAUCAUUGAUUUGAAUGGAGACGUCCGUUCUAGGGAGUAUAACCUCCUCAGAUCAGACCCAUGUUGAGGGGAAAGACUUGUUAUGGACCCAUCUUAUUAUCCCACUAGGGACUUGAACCUUGAGUUGAUUUAAGCGGCUCUAUGUGUACUAGUGUCGCGACAGUUGGCAUUAAUGUAGUUGAACUUUGACCUGGAAGCAGAAAGCAGCUGUGUGACGAUGAUGAAUGUGAUGAUGAGGUGAACUCUGAGAGGACUGAGACAAACUGAGUCUUUUGUUUGGAUGAGUGUUCAUCGUUUUCAUUUAUUUCUGAAUGUUGAUGAUCGUCGUCAAGGAGCAGUAGAUGUCUGCCUGACGUUGGAUUCAUGGAGCUUUUAUGAAGCCUUAUAAAGUCUUUAUGAAGCCUUAUGAAGUCUCUAUGAAGCCUUAUGAAGUCUUUAUGAAGCCUUAAGAAGUCUUUAUGAAGCCUUAAUGAGUCUUUAUGAAGCCUUAAGGAGUCUUUAUGAAGCCUUAAGAAGUCUUUAUAGUCUUUAUGAAGCCUUAAGGAGUCUUUAUGAAGCCUUAAGAAGUCUUUAUAGUCUUUAUGAAGCCUUAAGAAGUCUUUAUGAAGCCUUGUGAAGUCUUUAUGAAGCCUUAAGAAGUCUCUAUGAAGCCUUAUGAAGCCUCUAUGAAGCCUUAUGAAGUCUUUAUGAAGCGUUAUGAAGAACGCGAUCAGAGAUCCUUGAUAGCCCUGUGUCAAAUCAUCCAAUACCUCACACAUCCAAAUUAGAGGCUUCUCCUGUUCCUCUGUCUUCUUCUGAUUGACAAUUCAAAUCUCAGGUCUUAUUUGAGCAGCAAGAAAAGAUGCUGGAACAACUGAACAGUUCCCGAACAGUUCCCGAACAGCUCCCGAACAGUUCCCGAACAGCUACCGAACAGUUCCCGAACAGCUCCCGAACAGCUACCGAACAGUUCCCGAACAGCUACCGAACAGUUCCCGAACAGUUCCCGAACAGCUCCCGAACAGUUCCCGAACAGCUCCCGAACAGCUACCGAACAGUUCCCGAACAGCUCCCGAACAGUUCCCGAACAGCUCAGUUGGUAGAGCAUGGUGCUUGUACCCCAGGGUUGUAGGUUCGAUUCCCGGGGCAGCCCAGACGUAAAAUGUACGCACGCAUGACUGUAAAUCACUUUGGAUUAAAGCGCUAUAUGAUAUAUUAUUAA